AUGGGCGUGCACAUGGCGUCGAAUAAACUGCUUCUUGUCUACGGACUCGCGGUCCUUGUGUUCUUCAGACUGGUGGUAACUGGCGCCGAAGCUUCGAGUGAACUCAAGAAAAAAGCAGCGAAGCAGGAGGGUCAAGUCGUCCUCGACAACCGUCAGAUCAUCCCCGGCUGGGGUGGUCCCGUCGGACCCUGGGGCGGAUGGCCGUGGUACGGCGGUAUGAGCACCGUCAUGUUCGCAGCACUCAUCUACUCGUUGUCGGUGCUACCGGCGAUGCUACAAUUGUUCAACCAUUACCAUUCGUAUCACCAUCACGGGCCGCCACAUCGGAGCCCCGUUUCGAAUUUCGUGAAUGGUUUCCUCGGCAUCAAACGGAGAAGCGAUGAUGGUACCGUAGAGGGAGGAAACGAGUUCGACUUGCCCGAUACACUUCUGAGAAUGGCUACUUCUGAUACGCUCGGCAAAGGAUUCAAGAUCGCGAAAAACAUUGUCACCGAGUGGCCAAGCGCCUCGAACGAUUGCAAGGCAAUGUACAUUUGUCAGCUGACUCGAGAGGCGAUACAGAUCUCAAGCGGUGACCAGGCCGGGGAGAACGAGGUCCGUCAGAAGAGAAACGCGGAGGGUCGGAGCAGAAAUCAAGACGAGUGUGUGACGAAAUUCAAGAAAUGUCGGAGAGACGUUCUCUUCAGCUGA